UAGGAAUUGUACGAGCAAUACAAACAGUUAGCUGUGCUAUCCCUAAACAGCGGCGCAGUAGUGAACCACCAGAUCAAUAAACUCCCUCCUCGUCUCGACUUCAGCUGCUAGGAGUUUACAGGAGCACAACCGGUAGAGACGGUGACACACAAGUAGCAGCUCAAACUGUGUAGAUUACGCGGGUCGGGUGUGAUUGUGAACGUUGUGGUAGAUCGGUUCAAACUUAUGUUUCAUUUGGACCUUGUAAAUUUUGGUGAAUUAAAUUUCACCUAAUUUUAUGUAUCCUGCUGUAUAGAAACACCAAACCGCUGUUUUUUUGUAUACUGACGAUAUUUAACACGAUGAAAGUACACACCCUUUUCGCACUAUUUAUCCAAAUCACUCAUUUUUCAUUUUGUACAAAUGUCAAAAUCAAUUUCCGAGAAAAGGAAAAGGAAGUCCUGGAUCAGAUCCUGGGCCCAGGCCGCUACGACGCCCGGAUCCGACCUUCCGGAGUGAACGGCACAGUAGGACGGGUGGACGGGCCGACCGUAGUAAACAUCAACUUCUUUCUGCGGUCUAUCAGCAAAAUUGAUGAUUAUAAAAUGGAGUACAGCGUACAGCUAACGUUUCGGGAGCAGUGGCUGGACGAGAGGCUGAAAUUCAAUGACUUCGGGGGAAAACUAAAAUACCUGACGCUCACAGAGGCGAACAGGGUCUGGAUGCCCGACCUGUUUUUCUCGAACGAGAAAGAGGGUCACUUUCACAACAUCAUCAUGCCCAACGUCUACAUCCGCAUUUUUCCAUACGGAUCUGUAUUGUACAGCAUAAGAAUUUCGCUUACCCUUUCUUGCCCCAUGAAUUUAAAAUUGUACCCGCUAGAUCGGCAGAUUUGCUCUUUGCGAAUGGCUAGCUACGGCUGGACCACGGACGACUUGGUUUUUCUUUGGAAAGAAGGGGACCCUGUCCAGGUGGUGAAAAACCUACACCUACCUAGGUUCACUUUGGAAAAGUUUUUGACUGAUUAUUGCAACAGCAAAACUAACACAGGCGAAUACAGUUGUCUGAAAGUGGAUCUUCUAUUUAAAAGAGAGUUCAGCUACUAUCUUAUCCAAAUCUACAUCCCUUGCUGCAUGUUAGUUAUAGUGUCCUGGGUAUCCUUUUGGCUAGACCAAGGAGCAGUACCAGCCAGGGUGUCACUAGGGGUUACAACGCUCUUGACUAUGGCUACCCAAACCUCGGGAAUAAACGCUUCUUUGCCGCCGGUUUCAUACACGAAGGCUAUCGACGUCUGGACGGGCGUCUGCCUGACUUUCGUGUUCGGGGCCUUGUUGGAAUUUGCGUUGGUGAACUAUGCCUCUCGUUCUGAUAUGCACCGGGAAAACAUGAAGAAGCAGAGAAGGCAGUGUGAGCUGGAGCACGCCGCUUCUCUGGACGCCACUUCGGACCUUAUCGAUACGGAAAGUAACGCUACUUUUGCAAUGAAGCCACUUGUGCGACAUCCAGGAGACCCAAUGAGCUUGGAGAAAGUCCGUCAGUGCGAAAUCCACAUGCAACCCGCGCGCCCGAAUUGCUGCAGAUCUUGGUUGUCAAAGUUCCCCACCAGAUCGAAACGCAUAGAUGUAAUUUCACGAAUUACAUUUCCAUUAGUUUUUGCGUUGUUCAAUGUCAUAUACUGGUCAACAUACCUUUUCCGAGAAGAAGCAGAAGAAUCAUAAACACCAACAAAAAAAGAAUUCAUAAUUGUGAUUUUUCAUAAAUGUAAAUAUACAGUUACUAAGGUCUUCAGUUUUAUUUGUUGUGUUUGAUGUUAUUAUGAUAAAAAUUGCAUUAUUCCGUCUGCAUUGUUAAUCUACAGGUUAGAUAUCGCACUCGUAUAAUAAAUUUUCUAUAUAAUGUUAAAUUCCACCGCGAUUUUCUUUGGAGAGGUAGAUAACUCAUUAUUUAUUAUUGUACACCGUUAGCAAAAAAUUAAGGCGAAGCUCUUCAAACGCCUUUUACAUUAUUUUAUCAAAACAAAUAAUUUUAAGGUUCAUCAUCAUCAUCCAACAACAUGAACUACUAGAUAACUGAGAGACCACCAAGAGUAUGCUCACAACAUUACGUAUAAUUAAUUAGUCAUUUUAACAUUUGUGUUGUUUGUUAAUAAAAAUAAAUAAAAACAAAUUUGAAAAUUGUAA